ACCAUUGAAGCCCAUUAUCGUAGUAAUUACUUAUUACAAUUUUUGAAUGGCUCACUUGCUUUCCCAAAUGGCCGCUUCUGCUUUUUCUUCUCCUUCUUCUUCUUCCACCGGUAGAGUGAAACAUGAUGUUUUCUUGAGUUUCAGGGGUGAAGAUACACGCAACAAUUUCACUGCCCAUCUUCAUGCAGCUUUGCACCACAAAGGAAUUCAAGCUUUCAUUGACAACUACCAGCUGAUAAAGGGAGAAGAAAUCUCACCCUCGCUCUCUUUAGCGAUUCAAGAGUCAAAAAUCUCCAUUGUUGUGUUUUCUACGAACUAUGCAUCAUCCAGAUGGUGUUUGGAUGAACUUGUAAUGAUCAUGGAGUGUAGAGAAUCACGCGGACAAUUGGUUUGGCCCAUCUUCUUCAACGUUGAGCCGUCCCAAGUGCGAAAUCACAGUGGUAGUUUUGGAGAGGCAUUAGCCAUGUACGAAGCUAAUCCCAGUCAGAAGUACAAAGAAAAGCUGCCCAAAUGGAAGAUUGCUUUGAACAAAGCUGGUAAUCUAUCCGGAUGGCAUUUAACCAUUGGAGAUGAAUCUUUGUUAAUCCAGAGAAUUGUGGAAGCCGUUUUGAGAAAAUUGGAUCGCACAACCCUGUAUGUCGCCAAGUACUUAGUUGGUAUAGAAGCUCGUUUAGAAAAUUUGGGUUCAUUAAUAAGUCGAGGAGGGAAUGAUGUCCGAAUGGUUGGGAUAUAUGGUAUUGGUGGUAUAGGUAAGACAACCAUUGCUAAAGCUGCUUUCAAUAGAUUUGCUGAUGAGUUUGAAGGUUCAAGUUUCCUUGCAAAUGUUAGAGAAACCUCGAAGCAAUAUUGUGGGCUGGUUAAAUUACAGGAAACAAUUCUGUUUGACAUGUUUGGGGAUAGAAACUUAAACGUUGGGAAUACUCAUAGAGGUAGCAACAUCAUAAGGUAUAGGCUUAGUUGCAAAAGAGUACUUAUAGUUCUUGACGAUGUGGAUCAGUUAGAUCAAUUGGAAACAUUAGCAGGAGGGCAUGAUUGGUUUGGCUCAGGAAGUAGAAUUCUCAUAACUACUAGAUAUAGGCACUUUCUAACAAUUCAUGGAGUUGAUCUAGCAUAUCAGGUUGAGGGUCUCGAUGAUUAUGAAGCUCUUGAACUUCUUAGCUGGAAUGCUUUUAAAGGGGACAAACCUAUAGAAGAUUACUAUGAGCUAUCCAGACGUGUCGUAGGUUAUGCAAAUGGGCUUCCUUUGGCUCUUGUAGUUACAGGUUCCUUCCUAUGUGGUAGGAGCAAACUUGAAUGGAAAAGUGCCAUUGAUAAUUUAGAAAGGAAACCACAUGAGCAGGUUUAUGGAGUACUUAAAUUAAGUUAUGAUGCUUUGCAGGAUGAUGAAAAGGCUAUCUUUCUUGAUAUUGCAUGUUUCUUUGUUGGAGAAGACGAAGAUUAUGUAAUCAAACUGCUUGAGAGUUCUUCUAAUUUUUGUCCAACCAUCGGAAUUGGAGUUCUUACUGAUAUGUCUCUCAUAUCCAUAGAGUCUGGAAAAGUGCGAAUGCAUCUCUUAAUACAGGAGAUGGGCUGGCAAAUUGUUCGGCAAGAAUCUCCUGAAGUUGGCAAACGCAGUAGAUUGUGGUUACCUGAGGAUGUUUUUCAUGUAUUCUUAGAAAAUAUGGGAACAAAUGCAAUUGAAGGCAUUAAGCUGGAGUUACCUGAACCGAAAACCCUAUACCUGAGUGCCAAAGCAUUCAAAAAAAUGAAAAGGCUACGAAUGCUUAUUUUUCAUAAUGUAGUUCUUUCUACAACCAUUGAAUAUCUUCCUACUGGGUUAAGGUCAAUGGAUUGGCAUGGAUAUAAGUUUCCCACAUUGCCAUUAAGUUCUGGUCCGAAACAGCUUGUCAGACUUAGCAUGCUUCAUAGCAAUAUCCAGCAACUUGGGGAAGGAUUUAAGAAUUUUGAAAACCUGAAACUUGUGAAUUUAAGUUCCUCCAAAUUCUUAACCAAAAUCCCUGACCUUUCAACAGCACCAAACCUUGAGAGCUUAUCCCUUUCUUAUUGUACAAAUUUAGUUGAGAUUCAUGAAUCUGUUGGAUCUCUUAAUAGGCUGAGCACAUUGGACCUUCGGUUUUGUUCUAACCUUAAGAUUCCUCCAAGCAGUCUUCGAUCGAUAUAUCUUGAAACACUGGAUCUCUCAAGCUGCUCCAGUCUUGAAAGCUUUCCCAAGAUUGUUGUAAAGAUGAAAAAUUUAAAGAAACUUAGUUUAUCUAGAACUGCUAUAAAAGAGUUGAGUGGCCUCUCAACAACUCCAAAACUUGAGAGUUUAGAUCUUGACCAUUGUACAAAUUUAGUUCUGAUUCAUGAGUCUGUUGGAUUCCUUAAUAGGCUGAGCACAUUGGACCUCCAGUUUUGUCCUAACCUCAUAACUCUUCCAAGCAGUCUUCUAACAGGAUACCUUGAAACAUUGAAUCUCACAGGCUGCUCUAGUCUUGAAAGCAUCCCCAAUAUUGUUGUGGAAAUGAAAAAUUUAAAGAGACUCAGCUUAUCUGGUACUGCUAUAAGAGAGCUACCAUCUUCAAUUGGUAAUCUUGUUUCGCUUCAAAUCUUGAAUUUUGCCUCCUGUAAAAAACUCGAGCAUGUUCCUAGUAGCAUCUAUAAGCUGCAUCAACUUGAGCAUCUUGGUCUUGGUGGUUGCUCAAAGCUCUCAAAGUUUCCAAAGAGCAUAUUCUUUUCAAAUAGUGAUGAAAUGUUCCCAAGUCUUGAGUUGCUUCCUGAUGUCAUUAAAGUUGCUCCUGGUAGAAGUUUGAGGCUUCCCUUUCCCAUGUUAAAGUCCCUUGAUCUUCAAAAAUGUAAUAUAUCAGAAGUUGAUUUCCUUGUUACUUCUAGUGGAUUUAACAAUCUAGAACAGUUAAAUCUAGCUGAAAACAAGUUUGUUAGCCUUCCAUCUAUUCGCAGGCUUGCAAAACUCUGGUAUGUUGAUUUGAAUAAUUGCGAAUUCCUUCAAGAAAUUCCAGAGCUUCCGGGAAAUGUAGCAUUUUUGUUUGCAAGUGGUUGCAAAUCACUCAAUACUCAUAAAAAUGCCACGGCUAACAUCAUACCGAAUAAGAAGUGCUCCGAAAUCCAAGUUAUACUCUCUGGACAUGAUAUACCACACUGGUUUAGCAAUAAAUUGGAACAGCAGUCCAUAACAACUUCUUGUGGAGGAUCUCAUAAAUGGUGUUUUACAUCUAACUUCAUCGUUCAUUCCAACAAAUUCAAAACAGUGAAAGGGAUAAUUAUAUGUGCUGUUUUUGAAUUUGACUGUGUAGCAGUAACGUUUUCAUUACAUCUUGACACAGAGCAUGCUUCGUAUCUAUUUCAUGCAUUGUCAUUCGACUCAAACAAGCAUAAAAAUUUGAAUCCAAGGACAUUCAUUUCAGUAAAGUCAGGUCACAUGUGGCUUCACUAUAUCCCUGGUGAUUUUAUUUGCCUCUCAGAGCUUCCAUUUGGAAUUCGUUACAGAUAUAAGGUCACAUUUUCAGCAAUUCUUAAGGAACGAAUUGAGAAUGUAAUCUCUAAAUGUGGAAUCCACAUUCUAUGGGAUGAAGAUGAGAUUAAAGUCGCUUGUCCGUUUCAGAAUUCAGGAAGUCAACCAAGUAAGAGAAGUUUUGCUGUCUACAACACUUAUGAAGACUCUGAAUCCUGUUGGUUUCCGCAGCAGAAAAGGUACUGUGAACCCUUGAGGAUCAAAGAGACUGUGACAGAUCAGAAUAUGAAGCAAAAACAGUCAACUAAUAUUCAGCCAACAAUGGAAAGUUGAAGUACUACUAAAGACAAAGGAAAAGGUUUGGCGGAUAUGAAUUGGCUGUGUAUAUUGUAAUUAUGAUGCACCAAUUAAGUUCAUUACAAUCUAAACAAUUUUAAUGACAAAUGAAUCCUCUA